GUCUCAGAUGGGACAGAGCCACUCAGAGGGAGAGCUGACAACAAUAUCAAGAAACAACAUCGACAACAACAAACAUCGGGGAUGGGCCACUCUCUGUUUCUCCUGUUCUUCUCAGGGCUGUCUGUCCUCCCCUCAUGCCUCUCUCAUCAGUUCCACUUUGUGAACAUCAAUAAAACCUGGACUGAAGCUCAGAGUUACUGCAGACAGAACUACACUGACCUGGCCUCCAUAGACGACAUGGCAGAUAUGAACAGGCUCAAUAAAACAAUAAAGGCUGGGUUAUUAACUGGACCAGCCUGGAUAGGGUUGUAUAACACCAGCUGGAGGUGGUCUCUGGGAGACACAGAGUUAGAGAGGGAGGGGUUUUGGGACAAAAAGCACGGAGAAAUCAACGACCAACCAGAUAAUGACAACAACAAUGAGUUCUGUGUGUGGAUGCGAAAUGGGUCAUGGCAUGAUGCGAACUGUGGUGAACAACAACAUUUUGUCUGCUAUGACACAAAUCUCACUAGUAUGUACAUCCUCAUCACUGAAAAGAAGAACUGGAGUGAGGCUCAGCACUACUGCAGACAGAACCAUACGGACCUGGCCAGUGUGUGGAAUGAAGCAGAGAAUAACACCAUACAGAAGGCCAUACAUAACGUCAUACAGGAAGUGGUGUGGAUCGGCCUGUAUAGAGAGUGGAGGUGGUCUGACCAGAGCGGCUCAACCUUCAGAAACUGGAUGACAGGCGAGCCAAACGGGGCAGAUGGGGAAAGAAAGCACAAAGAGCUCUCUGUGGAAGUUAAGUUCCCAUCUGGAAAGUGGAAUGAUCACCAUUGUAUCACUGAACAUCCUUUUUUCUGCUAUGAUGAUAAGCUGGUCCUGGUCUCAGAGAACAAGACGUGGUCCGAAGCCCUGUGGUACUGCAGAGAACGGAAGAUGGAACUGGUGUCUGCCCACAACCACAGCAUCCAGCACUGGGUCCAACAGAGAGCCAAGAAGGCCUCCAGUCCCUACGUCUGGCUGGGCCUGAGGUACACCUGCACCCUGGACUUCUGGUUCUGGGUCAAUGGAGAAGAGUCCUGCUUCCACAACUGGGCCGACGGGGAGGGUUACAGUACCAGGAAGGAGCAGUGUGGGAACACGGGGGCCAUAGAGAGAAACGGGGGGAAGUGGGUCGGCCUGCCUGAGACCGACAAAUUCAACUUCAUCUGCAGCAAGAGUGAUGAUUACUAAAAACAGACCCUGACAUCUGGACCAGCUGAAUUCUAUAGCCCAACACAUUGUUCCUGAUCUCUGGACCAGCUGAAUCCUACAGCCCAACACAUUGUUCCUGAUCUCUGGACCAGCUGAACCCUACAGUCCAACACAUUGUUCCAGACAUAUUUAGAUUUACAUUGAGUAAGGUGAUGGAUACUCAAUCUUUUAAAAAUAUUUUUAAUAUUUAUUUUUAAUAUUAUUUUAUUUUAUGUUUGUAUAUUCUCUUAUUGAAUUGGAUUCUUACCAUACUCUUAUUAUUUUCUUAUGGAUGCAUUACUGGUUAUCUUAUUACCUAUUUUAUUACUUGUUAAUUCAUUACUGUUUAUCUUUUUACCUAUUUCAUUACUGGUGUCACGUCCUGACCAGUAAAGGGCUUGUUUGUUAUUGUAGUUUGGUCAGGGCAUGGCAGGGGGGUGUUUGUUUAGUGUGUUUUGGGGUUUUUGGGCAAUGUUCUAUGUUAGUGUAUUUCUAU